GCGGCGGCCGCGGCCAGGGCGGCCGGUGGGACCGUGGGUCCCCGGCGCAGCGCCGCCCGGCUCCCGGCCCUGCCGGCCUCCUCUCUCGGCGCCGCAGCCAUGGCGGCCAGCGCGAAGCGGAAGCAGGAGGAGAAGCACCUGAAGAUGCUGCGGGACAUGACCGGCCUCCCGCACAACCGAAAGUGCUUCGACUGCGACCAGCGCGGCCCCACCUACGUGAACAUGACGGUCGGCUCCUUCGUCUGUACCUCCUGUUCCGGCAGCCUGCGAGGGUUAAAUCCACCACACAGGGUGAAAUCCAUCUCCAUGACAACAUUCACACAACAGGAAAUUGAAUUCCUUCAAAAACAUGGAAAUGAAGUCUGUAAACAGAUUUGGCUAGGAUUAUUUGAUGAUAGAUCUUCAGCAAUUCCAGACUUCAGGGAUCCACAAAAAGUGAAAGAGUUCCUACAAGAAAAAUAUGAAAAGAAAAGAUGGUAUGUCCCACCAGAACAAGCCAAAGUGGUGGCAUCAGUUCAUGCAUCUAUUUCAGGGUCCUCUGCCAGUAGCACAAGCAGCACACCUGAGGUCAAACCACUGAAAUCUCUUUUAGGAGAUUCAGCACCAGCACUGCAUUUAAAUAAGGGCACACCUAGUCAGUCCCCUGUUGUAGGUCGCUCUCAAGGGCAGCAGCAGGAAAAGAAGCAGUUUGACCUUUUAAGUGAUCUUGGCUCAGACAUCUUUGCUGCUCCAGCACCUCAGUCAACAGCUACAGCCAAUUUUGCAAACUUUGCACAUUUCAACAGUCAUGCAGCUCAGAAUUCUGCAAAUGCAGAUUUUGCAAACUUUGAUGCAUUUGGACAGUCUAGUGGUUCGAGUAAUUUUGGAGGUUUCCCCACAGCAAGCCACUCUUCUUUUCAGCCCCAAUCUACAGGUGGAAGUGCUGGAUCAGUAAAUGCUAAUUUUGCUCAUUUUGAUAACUUCCCCAAAUCCUCCAGUGCUGAUUUUGGAACGUUCAAUACUUCCCAGAGUCAUCAGACAGCAUCAGCUGUUAGUAAAGUUUCAGCGAACAAAGCUGGUCUACAGACUACAGACAAAUAUGCGGCACUUGCUAAUUUAGACAGUAUCUUCAGUGCCGGGCAAGGUGGUGAUCAGGGUAGUGGGUUUGGGACCACAGGUAAAGCUCCUGUUGGUUCUGUGGUUUCAGUUCCCAGUCAGUCAAGUGCAUCUUCAGACAAGUAUGCAGCCCUGGCAGAACUGGACAGCGUUUUCAGCUCCGCGGCCACCUCCAGUAACGCAUAUUCUUCCACAAGUAAUGCUAGCAGUAAUGUUUUUGGAACAGUGCCAGUGGGUGCUUCUGCACAGACACAGCCUGCUUCUUCAAGUGUGCCUGCUCCAUUCGGAGCUACACCUUCCACAAAUCCAUUUGUUGCUGCUGCUGGUCCUUCUGUGGCAUCUUCUACAAAUCCAUUUCAGACCAAUGCCAGAGGAGCAACAGCGGCGACCUUUGGCACCGCAUCCAUGAGCAUGCCUGCGGGGUUCGGGACUCCUGCUCCCUACAGUCUUCCCACCAGCUUCAGCGGCAGCUUCCAGCAGCCGGCCUUCCCAGCCCAAGCAGCUUUCCCUCAACAGACAGCUUUUUCUCAGCAGCCCAAUGGUGCAGGUUUUGCAGCAUUUGGACAAACAAAGCCAGUGGUAACCCCUUUUGGUCAAGUUGCAGCUGCUGGAGUAUCUAGUAAUCCUUUUAUGACUGGUGCACCGACAGGACAAUUUCCAACAGGAAGCUCAUCAACCAAUCCUUUCUUAUAGCCUUAUAUAGACACUUUACUGGAACGAACUUUUACAUGGUCACAUAUUACAUCUCUCCGCCUCUUGCACUGUUGUCUUGUUUCACUGAUCUUAGCUUUAAACACAAGAGAAGUCUUUAAAAAGCCUGCAUUGUGUAUUAAACACCAGGAAAUAUGUGCAAAGCAGAGGGCUCCAGUAACAACUUUUAACCUGUGAAUUGGCAAAAAAAGUAGCGGUAUCAUGUAUAUUAAAAAUUGGCUAAUAUUAAGUUAUUGCAGAUACCACAUUCAUUAUGCUGCAGUACUGUACAUAUUUUUCUUAGGAAUUAGCUAUUUGUGCAUAUCAGUAUUUGUAACUUUAACACACUGUUAUGUGAGAAAUGUUACUGGGGAAAUGGAUCAGCCACUUUUAAGGUGCUGUCAUAUAUCUUGGAAUGAAUGACCUAAAAUCACUUUAACCAUUGCUUCUGGAAAGUUAGAGUCAAAAUUGGAAGGUUUUAUUCAUUCUUGAAUUUUUCCUUUCUAAAGAGCUCUUCUAUUUAUACAUGCCUAAAUUCUUUAAAAAUGUAGAGGGAUACCUGUCUGCAUAAUAAAGCUGAUCAUGUUUUGCUACAGUUUGCAGGUGAAAAAAAAUAAAUACUAGAAAAUAUGCUAUUGUUUUUGUGUUCUUGCUGCAAUGCCUUUACCAAAGUGGCCUUAAAUAUCAGUAGUGAAUUGAGAACAUCUUGAAUUCUUAAAUUAGAAUUUCAGAAGACUGCUAGUGACUAACUUUUAUGUCUAAAAGAGAAAAUUUUAUAAAAAGGCCAUGUAGAAAAUUUAUUAAAACUGCUAUGUUCAGGAAUAUGUCAGUGGUAAAGCAUUUAAAUGUAGCUUGUUAGAUUCACCGUAAUCCUUCUGAUUUCUUUGCAACUUCUUAAUUUUGUGAAAAUUUGUAUAUAUGAAGAAUUUGCAUGUAUGUGUAUUUACAAAAUUUUUAAAGUAUCUUGAAUUCUCAGACUGCAAAAGGCUUAUUUUAACUAUUGAUUUUUUUUUUUUUUUUUUUAAAUACUGUCUUUGAAUGUAUUGGAAGCAGAUAUGCAUUAACUGUGACAUGAUUGCACCUCAGUUUUUUUUUCUUUGUUUGGACAAACUGAUAUUAAUAGGACAUUUGUUUAUGUUCAUUUCUAGGGGGAAAGAAACUGGAACCCAGUGUUACCUUAAAGUUAUAGAAUACUUUGUUUUAAAAAGGCAACAAUACUAAUGUUUAGUUAUAGCUUUAUGUUAAUAUUCAAAUGAACUUGUUUAAAUAUUUAUAUAAUGCCUCAUUCAUCCAGUGAUAAUCUGGCAAUCUCAUCAAAACAGAACACAACUGAGAAACUUGUAAUAGUUUUUUAAAAAAAUGCCUUUGAGCAGCCCAUAUAAGUCACAAUGUCUAUACGUUAGAGCUCAUGCAUUUGUCUUUAUGUGAAGUUUUGAUGAAUAGAUUUCCCAGACCAAAAGAGCAUAUACUGUCAAAGACCAGUUAGUGUAGGGACAGCCAGCCCAGCUUAGAGGGCAUCAGUAUAUUACAUCUUCUUCUGAUAAUUGUCUAUUACUGUGACUCUGUGUCAUCAAGAAAAGGUGAGAUUACGUAUAUAAAUAUGUGAUACAUGUUUGAAAAACUUUCUUGUAAUGAUUUAAAUUGUUUUUAAAGCUUGGUAUUAAAAGAGGUGAACAUCA